AUGAUUUAUCUCCGGUCCUCGUUGCUGAGGUCUGGAUUGGCUCGAGAUCCUGCUCGCCUGUGUUCACAAUGCUUCUCACGACUCUCACCAUCACGACGACCUGUCGCAGUUCGCAGCUUCUUCUCCUCAUCUCGGCUGCGGGCUGGCAUUGCCGAUCAUGAAUCAACUCCCUCGACUGUCCAAAAGACCUAUUUUUCUGCCAAUCGGACCGCAGAUGGCUUACUUGCAUCCUUAUCCGCCGUCAAUAGCUCCCCUCGAAGUAUUGCCGACAAUGCGUUAUCACAGGGUGCAGCCAGUUCGGAGUCGAUUACUUCACAGUCUACUUCACAAGAGUUACCUCAUCGCCGGAGGAAGCGGUUAAAGGAAGAGGCGGCCAAGAAUAAUGCUGCAGAAACCGAACUCCCUCCUGAUGCCUCGUCUCAAUUGUCCACCCUCUCAUCAGCCCUCCCUGCGACUUCCCUGCGCCGCAAGCUGGCUGCGUUUCUCGCCCUCACAAAGCCUCGUCUCUCGUUCCUGAUCGUGUUGACGACUACCUCCGCUUAUGGGAUGUACCCGAUCUCCUCUCUUCUCACACUUGACCCUUCAAUGACUCCCCUACCGACCCUCUCGACCUCAACCUUGACCUUUCUCUACCUGACCACAGGAACCUUCUUGUCUUCAUGCAGCGCCAAUACCUUGAAUAUGCUCCUUGAACCUAAAUACGAUGCCCUCAUGUCACGGACACGGAACCGGCCGUUAGUGCGGGGGCUACUCUCACGCCGUGCUGCGGUAUUGUUUGCGAUUGCGACUGCUGCUGCAGGUCUCGGUUUGUUAUACAUUGGAACGAACCCUACGACUACUGCGCUCUCCGCCAGUAAUAUCUGUCUCUAUGCCUUUGUGUAUACGCCGCUGAAGCGUAUAUCAGUGAUCAACACCUGGGUAGGCGCCGUGGUAGGAGGCAUUCCUCCGUUGAUGGGUUGGACCGCUGCAGCAGGCCAGACAGCGACCACUGGCCACGACAGCUGGCGGGACAUGUUGUUCAGCAAGGAUAGCAUCGGUGGUUGGCUCCUGGGUGGCAUUCUCUUUGCAUGGCAGUUUCCUCAUUUCAAUGCUUUGUCCUACAUGAUCCGUGAAGAGUACAAGGCAGCCGGGUACAGGAUGCUCGCAUGGACUAAUCCCGCCGCAAAUGCCCGUGUCGCACUACGAUAUUCUCUUCUCAUGUUUCCUUUCUCCGUCGGUCUCUGGUGGGUAGGAGUUGUCGGUAAUGGUUUCCUGGUUGGAAGCACGGCGGCCAAUGGCUGGCUAGUCAAAGAGGCCUACAAAUUCUGGCGGCACCAAGGCGCCAACGGCAGUGCUCGACGCCUCUUCUGGGCCAGUAUUUGGCAGCUGCCAAUCCUCCUUGUCGGUGGUCUGGUCACGAAGAAAGGUCUCUGGGAUGGUGUCUGGAACAAUGUUUUCGGUCAGCCUGUGGAAGACGAGGAUGACUAUCUCUGGGAGGAUGAGGAUGAAGUGGCAGAGGCGGAGCGCAAGAUGAUACCUGCGAAGACGAGUAGCUCGUGA